CUUCCCAUUCACAACGCCGCUGUAUAUACAUAUUCACAGGUCUUCAAAGGACGACCAUUCCUACCGGCUUCCAAAGUGAAUGGGAAGCGAUACUCUUAGUUAGCCUUGUUCCCGCUGACCUCCCCGCCGCAGAGUCUCAAAAUCGCCGACGCUGUCAAACUUUUAGACAGCAUUGUUCACGAACACCGCUCGCUAGCAAUGGAGCCUGCCACCAGCGAGCGGAUAGCCCGCGUGACCGUUUACGUCUUGGUUGACACGACCGUCGAGGUCCUGCAACGUUUAUUGGACCACCUUCCGAAGAACUGCCGUAUCACCACUGUUAAGCAGGAUGCACCAGGAACACCCGUUGUCGCCUUAACCUUCUGGUUCAAGAAUAACCCUGCCGACGUAAGCACCUUGGAGUUGAGGGCAUGGGUACUCACCCAUGCAGGCCCAGCGCUGCCCUUUGUGUACCUAGGCCGCCUGGCGAACCAGCUGCCCUUGACGAUUUCCUACGCGCACGAGGAAGCAGGCCCCGAGUGGCUUAUCGGCCCGCAUAAUGUGCCUUCUAAGGGCGUAACGUUGGAAGAAGCCAUCGAUCGUGUCGGACGAAAAGUUGUCAACCUGUAUUACCCUGUGUUUGUGGUAGAUCUGACCAACAGAGGAACUGUCAGCGGGCGGGAGAUGCUAGAAAUUCGUUAUUUAUCCAGCAUCAGCAGAGCCACAACGAGAAGCUCGACUAAGGCUGCCAGUGGGCGACGGCCUUCCCGUGUCUCCAAAUGGAACGAAUUCGGAGCUGCCGCUGCAGCUUGCUUUGUCCCAGCCGUAGCGCCCGUUCACCGCACUCGGUACAACCCGCCCUAUUCCGAUAUACGGAGAGUUGUGGGCCUCGAGAGCACCAUCGAGAGCCUCCUAGACUGUGAGCAAUUCAUGGUUCUAGAAAACAUGUACAGUGCGGCAUUUUCCGCACUCGGCAGCCUCUCUGAUCAUCGGUACAGCGAACUUUCCGGUGUCGAAAGAAAGACGUGGGACGAAGUGGUUCAGAACAACAUCUCCGCCAAAGUGAUAAUCCAAGCAAAUGGUUACGCUUGCGCGAAUCGGUUGAAAUACUCCAUAAUCAGUAACCAAAUGUCCUGGUGGUUCCUGCAGCGACCUGAGAACGACAUCACCUCUGUUUCCGUCGCCGGGCCUUUCGGCACCGAGAGCCCGGCCUCAUUUCCGGCAGCACCAGUCCGGGCGACACUUGGGCAGAUCCGGCUUGGUGGGAAGAGCGGGUCACGAAGGCCUUAUUCGCGACCCACUCUGCCCACCAAGCCAGAUCUUAGAAAAUCAGCGAUCGCAAUUCUACGUUCGGGCGACACAAUUGCCUUUACGAAACUGGACUGGCUUCCGCCUUUACGAGUGCAUUACACCGAGCACUCGACCGUGAUGGAAACCGUUUUGUUCCCCGGCACCUCUCACAGCCUGGAAGUAGCCCUGAAGCAUAUUGAUUACGAAAAGGUUGAAUCGGACGUCGUGAGCCAGAUGGAAACCGAAUUGGACGUGUACACUCAACUUGCGGAUUUACAAGGAAGCCUUAUUCCCCUGUUACGGGCAUAUGGAUCGAUCGAGGGUGGGACGUUUCUGUAUCUCGGUACGGAAUACAUAAAAGGCCACACUCUCACCUCCGCCGACCGCCACCUCGGCUCUCAAAUCCUGCACGCAUUUCAAACCCUCCACGCCACCGGAUGGGUACAUGGCGAUGUUGCCCCGCGAAAUGUUAUCGUGGCCGAGGAAGAUAAUCGACGGAUUGUUCUGAUCGAUCUUGGAAUGGCAUCCCCGGCGAAUACUGCGAGCGCCACGCUGGAAAUCAACGCCGUGAACCAGAUGCUCUCACGGCUGUGAGGUGAACAAAGGCGUUAUUUUAUGGUUAUGCUCAGUGUAUUGUCCGCAUGUAGGCAGCGUAAUUCCGCAUGUAGAAGCCAUAUUUAGAUUAGAAGCUGCGAGUAAAUCAGGAAUAUGGAUUAGAAGCUGCAAGUGCAUUUCAGCUUCAACAUCAAUUGGUAGUUGGCGUAGGAGUUAGGCAGUUGGGGCGGAGGAGUCAGGAAUACCAAAGUAAAACAUUAGUUGCAAAAAGUUUCAGCAAGUCCUUGUCAGCAACGAGUUGAGUGUAUUAUUGUGCGUGGAUAGCACUCUGAGCGGAAGGCGAACACACGAAGGGUCUCCGCCGAGUGCAAUAAUACCCCAAUAAAAUCGGAC